GAUUCGCCGCUGCCGAACAAAACCGCCCGACCGACGUAAUAGCCAAGGUUGCGUCUUUUUGCUGGGUUGAUCUUGGGACUGGGAGGUGUUUGUUUACCAUGGGGCGAUAUCCAGCUCCCAGUCGCAAAGUGGCUUCAUCAGGCUGGGUGCUGGAAAACCCCGCAGCGGAGGCCAUCAACUCUUGGAAGAACUUUCUGAGCCCAGGGGGGUGGAGCAGGGGAGGGGCGGCCCUUGAGGGCAACGCACCAAGUCGGUGACUGUGCGCGGACAGCGGCGCCUGUUCUCCACCGUUUCGCAUUCCCGGAGCCGGAUCCUGCUGCUGCCGGUUCCUCUUGCGGUGAUGGGGUCCGGUAAGGGAGGGCAGGUGGAGCUGGACGAGGUGUCGCGGCUGCGCUCGAUCUUCUUGGCCUGCGAUGCGAACGGCUCCGGCCGGCUCGAGCGCGACGAAUUCGGUUCGCUGUGCGCCGAGCUGCGGGUCCGGCCGGCGGAAGCCGAGGCGAUCUUCCAGCGGCUGGACACCGACCGCGACGGGGCCAUCACUUUCCACGAGUUCGCGCGCGCAUUCCGCGGCGCCACUCAGCGGCAGAGACGGCCGCAGCAGCACCAACGGCGGCGAGGCACCCGAGGGGAGCGGUCGGAGGAGGAGGAGGAGGAGGGGGCUGAGCUGGAUGUGGAUGAUGAUGCCCUCGAGGCUUUGGCUGGGGCGGCGGCAGCCAGUGCCAUGGAGCCGAGUCAGGCUUGGCGGGAAUUCGAGCUUCGGCUCGGGGAAGAGGCAGGCUACAUCCCCAGGCAAGAACAGGUCAGCGUUUUGUAUCAGAACAUUAAUAUAGUGGAACCUCGAUUAGUUCAACCUUAUGAACACAUUAUUAAGAACUUUAUUCGUGAGAUCAAGCUUCAGAGUACAGAGAUGGAAAACUUAGCCAUAGCUGUAAAAAGGGCACAGGAUAAAGCAGCAAUACAGCUCAGUGAACUAGAAGAGGAGAUGGACCAGCGAAUACAGGCUGCAGAGCAUAAAAUCAAGAAGGAGGAGAAACGGAAAGCAGAGGAGGCUCUGAAUGCUCUUAAGCGUCAGUAUGAAGCUGAAGUUGGUGACCUUCAAGUGACGAUUAAAAAACUUAAAAUGCUUGAAGAACGAUCUAGAAACGUUAAUCACAAAGAAGACUUGGCUGCAUUAAAGAACAGGAUACAUGAAUUGAACUUGGAAAACCAGAAACUUAAGAAAGAUCUUAUGGAAGCACAGACAAAUAUAGCUUUCCUUCAGAGUGAAUUGGAUACUUUGAAAAGUGAUAUUGCAGAUCAGAGUUUGAAUUCAGAGAGAGACCUGGAAAUGAUCAGGGAGUACACUGAAGACAGAGAUAGUCUGGAAAGGCAGAUAGAAAUAUUACAGUCGGCAAACAGGAAACUUCAUGACAGCAAUGAUGGCUUAAGGAGUGCAUUAGAGAACAGCUGGAGCAUAUACAACAAAUCGUUGCGUCUAACAAACAUUUCCCCGGGGAACACCCUCUCUAGAAGCAGUCCCAAGUGUGGCCAGUCUCCCCAAAAUCCACGCUAUGACAGAUCAUCUCGAUGUUCUUAUGUGGAUGAAGACUAUGAUUCCCUGGCACUUUGUGAUCCUAUGCAGAGGAUAAGCUGUGAGGUUGACAGCCUGCCUGAAAGCUGCUUUGACAGUGGCUUGUCUACCUUGAGAGACUCAAACGAAUAUGACUCAGAAGUGGAAUCCAAGCAUCAAAGGAUUUCUCAAAGAUUGCAAUGUCCGCAGGAAAGCUCUGUUGGCGAUGCUUCUGAUACAGACGUCCCAGACAUUAGAGAUGAAGAGGUCUACAGUCCUGAUGAAGGCAGCACAGUGUUAGAUUGGAAACCCACCCAGCCAGUCAGCCGAAGCAGUUCCGGAGCAUCAACAAGGAAAUGUAUCCCUGUCAUCUCUCCACAGUCAGACUCCAUUGACUGCAACUCCAGAUACCCAAGCUCGGAGAAGGCUUACAAGAUAGUUCUUGCCGGAGAUGCAGCAGUUGGAAAAUCUAGCUUCCUUAUGAGGCUUUGCAAAAAUGAAUUUCGAGGGAACACCAGUGCAACGCUAGGGGUUGACUUUCAAAUGAAGAGGCUUAUUGUUGAUGGGGAACCUACAGUGCUGCAGCUGUGGGACACAGCAGGACAAGAGAGGUUCCGAAGUAUUGCUAAAUCCUACUUCAGAAGAGCUGAUGGUGUGCUGCUACUGUACGAUGUAACCUGUGAGAAAAGUUUUCUUAAUGUACGAGAAUGGGUGGACAUGAUUGAGGAUGCAACACAUGAAAACAUCCCAAUCAUGAUGGUGGGAAACAAAGCAGAUCUUCGCCAGGUUGUUUCUGAGCAAGGACAGAAAUGUGUGCCAAUAAACUUUGGAGAAAAACUGGCCAUGACUUAUGGUGCCUUAUUCUGUGAAACAAGUGCUAAAGAUGGGUCAAAUAUUGUGGAGGCAGUUCUUCAUCUUGCUCGGGAAGCACGGAAAAUAAGUGAUAAGAAAGAUGAUGAUGGUUCGGUAACUAACCUGGCUGGUACAACACUAAAAAAGUCUGUACUUUCCAAAAACUGUUGCAGCAGUUAGAAAUCAAGACCCCUUUCACCUCAAAGAAACUUUUAUGGCACUUCUAAAAACAAAACAAAUGAAGCAUUCAGGCAUAAGCUGGACAGGAUGAUUAGUAGAAGGGAAGAGGGGAGCCAUCAGUCUUCCUGAGCCAGGCCCAUAAAGAUGUUCAUCUGCUUCAUACUCUUCGGAACAACGCUGAGCAAAAACAAGUUGGAGAGUUUCAAUUUUCAGUCCAGUGGCAGGGUCAGACACUGCUGCCACUGGUCCUUAAAGACGGCAAUUCCAUGUCAGAUCACCUGUGCCUUUUUAAGCCUACCUGCCCGAUAACGACUUUAAGAGAUCAUCUACUGUGACUUCAUAUGUAAAUAUUAAGCUAACGUGGAAAGUCAACUUUCUGCUUUCUGACUUGCAUUCGAGAAGACAUUUGCUGAUCUUUAUAAAAUGUCAUUGCCAGCAUAAAACACUCAACAUGUUUGUUUUGAAAGUUCAUGCUGUGUUCUGCAUCAAGAUCACAAGAAAAAUGGUGGCAGCUGAUACACAGAAAUGGAGUUUGAGUUGUCCAACUCUGAACAAAAUUUUCACCCCUGCAAAGAGCAACUGUUUGGUACAGAAUCACUGGCAUCAUUGAGGAACUUUAGAAUGAACUGAUAAGACUAGAUAAGUCUAAAUAAUUCUUAUUUAGAUAACUAAGUCUUUAUUCUCAGUGAAGAUUAUGUAUUGUCUGGGCUGUACUACUUCAGACUGUAGGGGACUCAAAAGAUGGAAUGCUCCCUAAUUUCUUUUUAAUCCUGCAUAUUAAAAACUAGCAUAUUAGGGGAAAGCCUAGGUUAGAAUCUCUUUUUCAGACAUCUUUUCCCCACCCGCCUCUGAUUGGGGGGGAAACCCACCAUACAUUCAUGUGAUGCCCCACAUGAAUACAGUAUGAAGUUAUAUAGUUCACCCAUAGCUUUACCACUGCAUUAAGAUCUAGGCCUUAAACAAGUUCUAGGCCUUAAACAAGCCGUGCCAUCUUUUGGAAGAUCAUUUUUAUGGCAGAGUUUGCAUCAUUCAGUGGAGUUGAGCAUAAAAUAUAAGACACCAUCUCCUUGCCCUGCAAACAAGUUGUAGUUCUAACUGCAGGGAUCAAGGAUUCUCAUCCUGUGCCGUAGUGAGUCUGGGGCAAGUACAGGCAGGGAGAAGGAAGUGCCACCUACUGGCUGGUCAUAUUACAACACACUUCCACACAGGCCUAGUUUAGAAACAGUUGAUGAAGCCUUCUGAAAUGUAACUAAAAUCAGUGGACAGUUCACACCCGGAAAUGCUCACCCUUGUGCUGGGCUUGAGUUUCAAUAAACCAAAGGAAAAAGACAGUGUGCAAGGCCUCCAGAGGUAAUAAUGGGCAGCAAAGCCUCUGCAAACUAGGUUUAUAAAAACCAGGGGCUUGGCCCUGACCCUCAGCCAAUUAAUACACGGAGAAUUUACUAGCCUUUUGUAUUGUUCCAAUGAAGCAAGAACAACCUGUCACUUCCCCUCCUGAAGACCUAUUGGGAGAGACGGAUUGAAAAGACCGCCUUUAUGGAGGCGCCUCUCUCUCUUUGAAACAGAGUGCUUUGAAGCAUUCUUCAGUGUUGCAAAUAUGAAUCCUGUUCAACUCCAUUUUAUGACAGAAAUCUUGUAGUAACAAAAAUGUAAGACUGAAAUCCCUGUGGUAUCUAGGUACUAUGGCGUGCAGUGUGCACUUUAAGAAUUGCAUUCUAUUUUAUAUCGUUUGACGCUGAAGGAGGAAUCCAAGUUGUUUGUUCUGAAAAGCUCUUGGCGAUCACUAAGAAAAAGUCUCAGCCGUAUUGAGUGACUUGAGCUUUUUUAAUAAUACAUUUCAAAUGUUUUAUUGUAUUCAUUGUCAUAUUCCCCCCCCCAUAACUAACUUAUAAAACUAGCCUAAUUUUAUAGAUUUUACUUGCUUUUCUGGGACCAGGUUCUCAGUUUUGAAAUAGAAGGAAACUAGCAUCUGUGCGGCAGUAUGUUCCCCCCACCUUCUGCCCACCUCCCCCCUUCUGCCCCAGUCUCCUUGGCCCCCCGCCCCCUUCUGCCCCAGUCUCCUCUACGUCGUCACCACCAUUAUGUUUCUCCUGCCUGCCCACUCGACCGCCAUUAUUUCUCGCUUUCCUCCCCUCUCCGUUUCCCCUUAUUUCUUCUCCCCACCAACUGCCUGCUGUCUUUCCUCUUUCUGCCUUUCUCCUUGACUUCUUUCUUUCUUGACCUCUUUCCUCUUACUGCCUUUCCUCUUGACUGCGGCCGGGUGGGCUGGGGCCACCUCCGCUGCCACCAUCCUCGUCGGCUUGCCCCCUUCUGCCCCAGUCUCCUCUGCUUUCUCACCGCCACCAUUAUUUUUCAUCCGCCCACCAUUAUUUCUCCCCUGCCUGCUCAGCUGGGGCCGCCUCCAAUCAAGAUGGUGCUUGCAACUCUCACUCAAUCUCGUGAAAGCAUGCGAGACCAUCUGCAUGCAUCCCCAGGCAUUCUGUCGUUCUAGCUAAGUGAAUUAAAUAUAUAGAUGUCUGUGAAUGAAAACAACAAUUGUUAGUUGUUCACAUUUGUGCAUGUCUAUUCAACUUGGAACAAUUUAGAAAAGAAAAUUAAAAAUAAUCUGUAGACAGGUCUCCAAGUGGCCUUGCCCUCUUACUCCAGGUUGUUAGAGGAGGUGUACAAUUUUGCUUAAUGGUUGAUGCAGUGUGAGAAAUCCUCCUUGUAGCUAUGACACUCAAACACUUCUUGAGAUCUUUGUGAUCUGCCAGUGACAGGACUGGGGCAUGGAGAUGAUCUUGUUGACCAAAAUUGUGUGUUUGGGAUAUAAUGCAUGCACUACAUUAAGACAGCAUACUAAAACAGGCUAUUGUCCUGCUGCUUAAACUUGCUGCGUCAACAAAUAUAGAAUGGGAUGCUGCUGAUGUAGCAAUGCUGAGCUUAAUUCUGGGGGUGCUACAAAGCAGAUAAACCAGCUCCCCCCCAAAAAAGUUGAAAUUGGGGUGAAUGGGAAAUGGGAGUUUGUAUAAUUGAGCCAAUAUAAAUGCAAAAUUAUGGAAGUAAGCCGGCACCGAUCUUUAUAGAAUGUCCUCUAUUUUUAUUGAUAUGCAUGCUAAACCAGAGCAACUCAAGCCUCAAACCCAGAGUUGUUAGGUUUCAUGGCUUGUUUUCUUACUAUUUUGAAAUACCAUUAGCUGAAAUCUUGAGGUGUUCAUAACUUUAGGAUACAGGUCCUGGAUGUGAACAAAAAUUUUUUUAAAAGUUUUUUUUAAUGAGUUAAAAUUAGUUUAAAACAUUACAACCAUAGGAUUUUAUGUACUGUAUACCAAAGUUUUGAAUAUUUGAUACUAGCAGCCUUGCUGAUAUAUUUAUGGACAAGCUUUCCUUUUAAGCCACAUGGCAUCAGAGCUAAUCUGGAGUUUUCUUGUACUGCUUUGAAAUGUUUUUUUCAGUACCAAAGCACAUAAAAGUAUGACAGCAAAAGCAAUAUGUGUACAGAUUUGAUUACCUCCUCCAUCAACCAACAUAAUUGGACUUUUUGUGAUUUAUUCUCUUUUUGAAGUCUCUAAUGCGGAGUAAGUUACCUUUUUGUGAGCAUACACCUUGUUCAUUUCAGUGGAAGGUGAAGCUCCAUGCAAUGGGACCUGCUGCAUGGAGCACUCCAUCAAUUUAAUUGAAUCAAGAAAUCUGCUUAUACAAGAGUCCAUAUGUCCACUGGAGUACAGGUGGAACUCUGGGUUGGAACAACUGAGCUAAAUAGGCCCCCAAGUGUAUGCAAGUAUAAGUAGUUAAUGGAAUUCAGGCUAUUUGUAAAAAAACACACACCCCUUCUCUGCUGGUUUGUUAAUACCUAACUUGUAGUCCUAACCACAAUACUGGUAUUUUUAUUUAUCUAGUGGCUAUAUUACCUUGUGUAUUUAUUUAAAAAGAAAAAUCUUGAUAUGUUUUUGCUCCUGGUAAAUUCUGUACAUACGAUUAUUUUUAUGCAUUUAACACAGAACUAUUAUUUUUGUCUCUUAUUGUGUAUUUUAAAAAAAUGUUAGCAUGUUUUUGUUUUUGUUUUUGAGGGAAAGAGCUUUAUGCUUUUGUACUCUUAAAGAUUUGAUCUACUUGUGCUUUGGUAGCCAGAUAUUUAACACAUGCUAGUAGUUUGUGUGCCAAAAAUAUACUACACUGAAAUUUCUUAGAAUUAAAAUUAUGUAUAAUACA